UAUUAAUUCAUCAGGUCGCCCAUACUUAGAGAACAUCCCUUCUAAUUGGGUUGAUUUCGAGUUUCAAGAAGCUGUAUAUCCAAUUAGGGUUUCUAUACAGCAAGAAUGUUGGAUUCCUGAGAUAACAAUGGAAAGGGCGCGAGAUUCUGAUCGGUGGUUUUUAUUAUGGAUUGGAGGAAUGCAGGUUCCUCGAUGCACACCACGACUGUUGUCCCCGGCUUUACGGGCCUGUGACUUUAAAACUAAAAUGCUCAGAUUAAUAUUUCCGUAUAACGCUAUGGGAAUACAGAUAGAUGCUGUAGAGCUCAUCGGAACAUCAGAAUUGAUUCAACCUAAAGAUCCUAAACAGACUUUGACCGAUCUAUUAAAAGAUAUUAAUUGCAGCUAUCCUGACCGUAAGGAUAUGUACAAUCUAACACCAGAUUACAAAAAUGCAAAUCUGGAUGUAUAUCAACUUAUGGAAAUAUUUUCCGACUAUUGUAUUAUUCGUAAAAAAAGCAAUUUACAUUUAAAUAAUGGAAAAUUGAAAGGCAUCACACCCUCUUCAAGUGAAUUCAACAAGCAACCACGUUGUGAUUUUUCUAUGCUUCCUGAAGAGAUGAUACUAAAAAUACUGGAAUACUUAGAUUUAAGGUCAUUGUGCCUUAUGAGCCAAACGAAUAAACGCUUCAAUUAACACGAGAUCCUUCGCUUUUUAAAUAUUUAAAUAUAGAAUAUUUGCGCAUGUAUAAGAAGUCUACCGAUGAUACUAUUGGUGGUUUGCAGUGUAAAAUUCUAUCUAGCUUGGAAUCCAGAUGUGAGCACUUACAACAGUUGAAGCUUGUAUUCUGCGACAUUACUAGUCCACGUUUCGUAAUGUUUCUUAGAACUUGUGGCUCGAAGUUAACGUUCUUGCGAUUAGCUUCUUGCAAGAUUGACAACGAUAUCCUCUAUGAAUUUUGAAAAACAUGCAAAAACUUGACAGUGUUAAAUUUGAGAAACUAUAAAUAUAAUA